UGCGUUUGUGUCGGACGUGUUAUUUUAGCAUCCAAGAUGGCGGCGCGAACAGUCAGCCGGUGUUUCACCAUUACAACGAGGAGCUAUAGUUCGAAACCGGACAAAAAUAUAGCUUUCCUCGGCCUCGGAAACAUGGGAGGUUUUAUGGCCGCCAAUCUUGUCAAAAAGGGCUUCAACGUACGCGGUUACGACCCCUCUAAAGAGGCUCUGACAGCCGCAGCAAAGGAUGGUGUCAGCAGUGCUACCUCCAUCGCCGCAGCGGUGGAAGGAGUAGACGUCGUGGUGUCCAUCUUGCCAAGCAAUAAGGUCGUCCUUGACGCGUAUCUUGGUGAUGAUGGUGUUGUUAAGCACGCUCCCAAAGGAACCCUCCUGAUAGACUCAAGUACAGUGGACCCCAACGUGCCCAAACAGAUUUUCCCCGUGGCCAACGACAGUGGGGUCGCUUUCAUCGACGCACCGGUAUCUGGAGGUGUGAUGGGAGCACAAAACGCCACACUAGCUUUCAUGGUUGGAGGCCGUAAAGAAGAUUUCGAUAGAUCAGUGCCAAUGCUCAAAGCAAUGGGCGCCAAGCAGUACCACUGCGGAGACAGUGGCGCUGGCCAGGUCGCCAAGUUGAGUAAUAACAUGCUCAUGGGCAUUACUGGUAUGGCGACUGCCGAGUGCAUGAAUAUGGGUAUUAAAAUGGGUUUAGAUCCUCAAGUACUGCUAGAUGUCCUAAACAAUUCAUCAGCUCGAUCCUGGUCUACCGAGGUGUACUGCCCUGUUCCCGGUCUGGUACCCACUGCGCCUUCAAGCCGAGAUUACGAAAAUGGGUUCAAGAAUGAGCUCAUGGUUAAGGAUUUGGAACUAGCAAGCGGCAUGGCGCUUGGAAUCCGCUCACCAAUCCCUCUAGGAGCUGUGGCCACCCAGCUAUACCGCAUCGUUCAGUCUCGGGGCUACGGUCAGAAGGACUUCUCGUUCAUAUACCAGCUGUUGAAAAAUGAGAAGAAGUAGAAUAAAAUAUUAAAAUAUU